UUCCUCGCGUACGAACCUGAGUCUUCGUCCAAUCUCUGCUCCAGACCAAACCCUAACCCUAAUUUAACCCCAAAUCCAGAUCGAAGCCCAAACCCAAACCUUCUUCCCCGCUCGAUCGAUCAUCGAUCCAAUUCGUGGAAGGAAGGGAGAGAGAGGGGUUGAGACUUCAGAGUAGAAAAGGGAUGUCGACAGCCGAAGCAUCAGAGCUGGAGCGUGCCGUCUCCGAGGACGAAGACUUCGACGAUGAUGGCGACAGUGAAGAACUUGACGAUGGCACUGACGGAAGGAACGCUCAUGUGAUACCGCUGGUUGGCUAUCCGAACGCCUCUGCGGCACCCGUCCACGCUCCGGAUCCUAUCCGUAGCGUCGAUCCCGCCGCUGCUCCCCUUAAUGGUGCGAUACCUAUUCAAGUCGUCUCCUUCCCCGCCGCAUCCUCCGGUUCUCCCCUGUUCACGGCCUCGCCCACUAUCCCCAUCCCCGUUUACUCGGCCGACAUCAGCAGGCCCCUCACCGUAGUCACCUUCGAUGAGUCCCGCCGGCUCUUCCAGCGGCUUUGGACCGACGAAGAGGAGAUCAAAAUCCUGCAGGGUUUCCUCGAGUUCACCUCAAGGCGGGGAACCACCUUCGCCUCUCACCAGUAUGACACUGGCCCAUUCUACGAGGAGAUCAAAAAGGAACUCCAUUUCGAGUUCACCAAGAACCAGCUCAUCGAGAAACUUCGCCGGCUGAAGAAGAAGUACCGGAACUGUGUCAACCGGAUGCGAUCCGCGGGGAAAGACUUCGCCUUUAAGAGUGCUCAUGAGCGGGCCAUCUAUGAUAUCGCCCGUAACAUCUGGAGUGCCAUAGCAAAGAGGGCGCAGGAGAGCGAUGGCGAAGACCUCAAUAACCCGAAGAGCACUCUUUCGAAUGAGAUAUUUACGGUUCCCGUCAAUGAGGGUUCUUUCGGAUCUGAUAGAAGAAUGCCAAGAUCGAGAAGGCGUGGGGGAGGGAUAGCGCCGGAAGAGGCUGUUGCGACUGUUGUGGCACCCGUAGGAGGAGCCGUCGCAGAGAACACCGCUCCGGUGAACGUGAUGGCUGCACCGGUGGUUUCAUCAGUUUCUACGUCGACUCCGAGCGCCAUUGAGGCGACUGUGAAGAGCUGUCUUUCACCUUUGUUUAAGGAGUUGAUUAAUUCUGCCAUUGGGGGGCCAUUUGCUCCAGGUUUUGGUGGGACAUCGCCAUUCAACCUGUUUCCCAUGAGCCUUGGAGGUAGUUCUUUGGUGGGCUCAGCGGUGCCUGUGGAUGACCAAUGGAGAAGGCAGCAGAUUCUGGAGCUGGAGGUUUACUUGAAGCGGAUAGAACUAGUAACAGACCAUGUCAAAUCAAUGUUGGAGGAGCUCAAGUCUUCAUCCAGCUGAUUACAGGUUCUUAUGCUUCCAUGCUGCAAAUCUGCCACAUGGUUACCGGCUCUGUAGCCCCGGGCCAGGUUGUUAUGCUCAUGCUCAUGCUCAUGCUCAUGCUCAUGCUCAUCUGGAUAGUUCUAACUGUAGCUGGAUUUUGAACUUACUGUGCUUUCACCCUUUGUAGUAAUUUCUACUUUUUCUUACUUCUUUAGCUGUCUCCCACCUCUUGAACAUUCCAAAGGAGAAAUGCCCCACAUGGAAGCUGGCAUCUUUACUUUUAUGGCAAAAUUGGGGUCAUCAUGCUCCCUUAGACAUUACACUAGUGGUAGCCUUUUGACUCCUGCACUAAGCUGAGUUUAUAAGCAUCCAUCAACCCUAUAUAUAAUGGUCUAUUCAAUCCUGCCUAUCCAAACAAAAUGACAAAGUGAAGAUGACAAAGAUCGAUGUGGCAACCACUGAUUGAUUUUGAAAGCUCACCAAAUCAAUUUGGAUGCUCUAGAAUGCACACAACAAUGAUAUAUCAGUGUUUUAUCUCUUUCUUAAAGCAAUUUCUGAUUCUACUUUGUCAAUUCCAGGACCAGCCAGACUCUUCUUUAUAAGGUAUAUCUAACCACCAGCAAUUCAGAUGAUUCUUGUGAUUUCUUUCCCUAGAAAACAAUUGUACAUUUAAACCAUUUUCGGAUUGAGCUGGGUUAUGCCCAGUGUCAGAAAUUCUUCACAAGAGCAUUGCCACAUAGAACCAGUAGAUGUUUCCAAUGCAACUGUUUUGCCUUAUUAGGGAUAAAUUAGUUGUAGAAAUCACAUCUCCAAUUGAAUCAUUCAAACUGUUCUCGGAUUAUCAGAUUGAACAUGUUAUGUUCAGUUUUAGAAUCACUGCACAGGAACAAUUUCACGUAGAACCAGUAGAUGUUUCCAAUGCAACUGUCUUAUUGGGAACAAGUAGUUGUAGAAUCACAUCAACUAUUAACAGGCAAAACCAUUAAAGUAAAAGACAAAUGUCAAUCCAUCAACA